CUGAACAGCGCCCUCAAUCCUGAAACGUUUCCAGAAAGACUGUGGCAUCAACAAAGAGUUCCGUAUGUUCUGGGACCAGGAUUAACGACAGAAGAGCGCUCAGCCAUAGCUCAAGCUUUCAUUGAAUUUUCUGAGAAGACCUGCGUUCGUUUCGUUCCUAAAACCAAGACAGACCAGAAUUACAUAGUCACUGAGAAGAACUACGGACGUGGUUGUUCGUCGUACGUGGGCAGAAACGGAGGAAAUCAGUCAGUCUCAUUGGAAGUGAAUAAAUGUUUCAGAAAGGGGACCAUUCAACACGAAUUGAUGCACGUCCUCGGAUUCUUUCAUGAACACAGUAGAAUGGACAGAGACGACUACGUAAAAAUCGAAGAGCGGAACAUUGCUAUGGGAAUGCGUAAAAAUUUCGAGAAAUAUUCCAAAAAUAUCCUUCAUACUCUUGGUAUGCCGUACGAUUACCAGUCAAUAAUGCACUACCACGCUCUGGCGUUUUCCAAAAAUGGCAAGCCGACGGUUAUUGCGUUGCAAGGUUCAACGAAAAUAGGCCAGCGUUAUAACCUUAGCGAAAUAGACGUUGCAAAGGUGAAUAAACUGUACAAUUGCAGCAAAUUACCUUUAUCAUCAGGUUCGGCUAACUGCACGGAUCUGGUGGACCACUGCAGACUUUGGGCUGAACUGGGACACUGUAAAUUUACUGUGAAAUACAUGCGUCAGAAUUGCAAAAUCACAGCGAAGAAGUCAACAAAACGAUUCGUUCUAAUAGCUGUUCAGAUAGAAUCUCGUUCUGUCCGUAUUGGUCUCAGAUUGGUCACUGCGAACGCUCCAGAAAAUUCUCAACUAUUUACUGUCAGAAAACCUGCAAAUUUUGUGUAA